GACUUACCCUUGCACCUUUGACCUGCUGAAGGCAGGAGGAAAUGGAGUCGCAGACCAUCCGAGUUGAUGUCAAACUGCCACAGCCACACCUGAUCUCCAGGCUUGCCUUUGCAGGCUUUGAUCUAGGCUCCUGCUGGUGUCCCUGGAGCAUGGGAGGCUGCUGAGCUGAGGGCAGUGUCUGGCAGAUGCUGCAUGUCUCACCCUGUGGCGGGGAGGGCGUCCAUGGCUGCAGCCAACAAGGGCACCAAGCCCAGAGUCCGGAGCAUCCACUUUGCGGCUGACCACGAUGCAGAAGGCUCCCAGGGCCACGUUCGCUUUGAUGAGAAGUUGCAUGACUCAGUGGUAAUGGUCACCCAGGAGAGCAACAGCAGCUUUUUGGUCAAGGUUGGCUUCCUGAAGACCCUACACAGGUAUGAGAUUACCUUCACUCUACCCCCGGUGCACAGGCUGAGCAAGGACAUCCGAGAGGCACCUGUCCCCAGCAUACAUCUCAAGCUCCUCAGCAUCAUGCCCAUCCCAGAAGGUUACAGCGUCAAGUGUGAGUACUUAGCACACAAGGAGGGCGUCCUUAAGGAGGAGAUGCUGCUCGCCUGCGAAGGUGGCACCGGCACCUGCGUGCGCGUGAUGGUGCAGGCACGCGUUAUGGACAGGCACCACGGCACACCCAUGCUGCUGGACGGUGUCAAGUGUGUGGGCGCUGAGCUAGAAUACGACUCGGAGCACAGCGACUGGCACGGCUUUGACUGAGGCCCACGCCCCCGCCCGCCUUGGGGCCCCUCAGCCUUAAACCCUGCCUCGUCUCCUCACGAUGGCUACCUGCUGGUGUGGUUUCCUCCCCCUCCCUGGGGCAGGUGUGGGGAUGGAGUGUCCAGGAGCCUCCAAGCCAGGGCCUCGCCCACACCUCACCUCUGCCUUCUUUUGUGCCACCCCCCGUGCCUCUCCGUGUGCCUCAGUCUCCUGCCUGAAGAAAUGGGUUGAGCCCCAAGGAGGCUAUCUGAAGAAGGUGGGGGAGGAGGGCAGGCCCACCCCAAGCCAUAGGGGCUCCAGCCAGGGCCUGUGAGAGGAGGGAGCUGGCUGUGAGGUUGCUGCCCCCAUCACUGCUGCUGCUGUCUCGCUUUGGCCACCUCUUCUGCCCCCUCCCUCUUUCCCAUGCUGCCCACGGUGAGUAGGAAGGAGGUGCCGUCCCCUGCCCCACCCCUCAGGUCUGUGUUACUUGGUUUUUAAAUGACUGGUUAGGAUAAACCCUAAAGAAAUAAAACGUUGAGUGGCUAUCAGAGGCCAGUGGGAUUUUUGU